CGCCGCUUCCUGCGUCCGCAGACCCGGAUGCGCCGAGCUGCUGUGGCGAGCUCGAGCCUCCCGCUGUCCGGUCGCCGCGGAGCGCGGCCUGGAGGUCCAGGGCUGAAUCUGUUCUCUCAGCACUUUCCACAUCCCUGUCAAACCUUACUGCUCUGCAGUUUACCCUCUUGAACUUGUGAUCCACCUGCCUCGGCCUUCUGUGUAGCUGGGAUUACAGAAUGCUCUGUGAGUGAGUGGGCUCCUGGCUCUGCCCCUCGGGCUAGUUUUGCCCGUGGCUGUUGGGUGUGGCAGUCGUGCCUUCUGUCCUCGACUUGCUGAUUGCUCCCUGUGUGGCUCUACCACAGGCUCGUCUGUUCAUCAGGCACAGUGGGACUGGGAUUUUGAACUCAGGACUCCAUGCUUGUAAAGCAGACACUCCUUGAAAAAAACAGAACAUUACAUUGGAUUAAAAAAGAGAAGUGAUAAUGCACCAUGGCAGCGGUCCUCAGAAUGUCCAGCACCAGUUGCAGAGGUCCAGGUCCUUCACUGGCAAUGAAGAGGAACAGCCGGCCCAUCCAAACCUUCCCCCAUCCCCUGCAGCACCCUUCGCUCCAUCUGCCAGCCCAUCUGCACCCCAGUCCCCUGGGUACCAGAUACAGCAGUUGAUGAGCAGGAGCCCUGUGGCUGGACAGAAUGUGAAUAUCACCCUGCAGAAUGUUGGCUCCGUCGUGGGAGGAAACCAGCAGAUCACGCUGGCCCCUCUGCCACUUCCUAACCCCACCUCUCCAGGGUUCCAGUUCAGUGCACAGCAGAGGAGGUUUGAGCAUGGCUCUCCAUCAUACAUUCAAGUUACUUCCCCCAUGUCCCAGCAGGUCCAGACACAAAGCCCUACGCAGCCAAGCCCUGGGCCAGGGCAGGCUCUGCAGGGUGUGCGUGCAGGUGCCCCAGGCCCCGGGCUAGGGAUCUGCAGCAGCAGCCCCACUGGAGGCUUCGUGGAUGCCAGUGUGCUUGUGAGGCAGAUCAGCUUGAGCCCAUCCAGUGGUGGGCAUUUUGUGUUUCAGGAGGCACCAGGCCUCACCCAGAUGGCUCAGGGAGCCCAGGUUCAGCUCCAGCAUGCUGGAGCUCCCAUCACGGUUCGAGAACGGAGACUGUCCCAGCCUCAUGCGCAGUCGGGAGGCACCAUCCACCACCUGGGGCCCCAAAGCCCUGCUGCAGCAGGAGGAGCUGGUCUGCAGCCUCUGGCCAGCCCCAGCCACAUCACCACGGCGAGUCUGCCACCUCAGAUCAGCAGCAUCAUCCAGGGCCAGUUGAUCCAGCAGCAGCAGGUGCUGCAGGGGCAGUCUCUGAGCAGACCUCUUGGCUUUGAGAGGACACCCAACGUGCUGCUCCCCGGGGUUGGGGGCGCCUCGGCAUUUGGUAUGACGUCCCCACCGCCACCCACCAGCCCUUCCAGAACCACCAUGCCCUCAGGCCUUUCCAGUCUGCCCCUCACAACUGCAGGGAACUCAGGUGUGAAGAAGGCCCCCAAGAAAUUGGAGGAGAUCCCACCAGCCUCCCAGGAGCUAGCACAGAUGAGGAAGCAGUGCCUGGACCACCACCACAAGGAGAUGGAAGCUCUCCGGGAGGUCUUCCAGGAGUGUCUGAUUGAACUGUUCUUCCUGCAGCACCUUCAGGGUAACAUGAUGGACUUCCUAGCUUUUAAGAAGAAGCAUUACGCCCCACUGCAAGCGUACCUUAGGCAGAAUGAUUUGGACAUUGAGGAAGAGGAGGAGGAGGAGGAAGAGGAGGAAGAAAAAUCGGAGGUUAUCAAUGAUGAGCAGCAAGCCUUGGCAGGGAGCUUGGUGGCCGGGGCCAGCAGUGCGAUGGAGGCCGACCCAUUCAAGAGGCAGCAGGCGAUGCCGCCCACAGAGCAGUCUAAGAGGCCUCGACUUGAAGUGGGUCAUCCAGGGGUAGUUUUCCAGCACCCAGGGGCGAAUGCAGGAGUCCCUCUGCAGCAGUUAAUGCCGACAGUCCAAGGAGGGAUGCCCCCCACUCCUCAGGCUGCACAGCUCACUGGACAGAAGCAGCAGAGCCAGCAGCAGUAUGACCCUUCCACAGGACCUCCUGUGCAGAAUGCCGCCAGCUUACACACCCCACCACCGCAGUUGCCUGCAAGGCUGCCUCCGGCCAGUGUCCCUGCUGCAGCCCUCCCUUCUGCCCUGCAGUUUUCACAGCAGCCGCAGGUGGUGGAGACUCAAACUCAGCUCCAAAUCCCAGUGAAGACUCAGCAGCUGAAUGUCUCUGUCCCUGCCCCCCAACCCAGCCAGAUCCCUGUUCCUCCUCCACAGCCUGCACAGCCGGCCCUCCAUGUUCCAAUGCCUGGGAAAGCACAGAUACAGGCUUCUCAGCUUCCGUCCCAGACACAGACGGUGGCAUCGAACAGGCCCCCCUUGGACUCUGUCCAGUCCUGCCAGCGGUCUCUGCCCACUUCCUCUUCUUCCUCGUCCCUUGUACCUGUGAGUGGCUCAGGCGCAGGGCCCUCGCCUGCAUGGUCCUCACCAGUGAACAGACCGUCCUCAGCCACCAGCAAGGCACUCUCUCCCAUCACUUCCCGGUCUCCAGGGGCUGCAGUUCCGGCCCCCCCUAAGCCACAGAGCCCUGCUCAGAAUAUUACCUCAUCCCAGGACAGUCCUCAGGACAAACUGGCAGGACAGAUGGCUCUGGAAAACCAGAUCCAUCAGAGAAUAGCAGAUUUAAGGAAAGAAGGUCUGUGGUCCCUACGGCGGCUGCCAAAGCUGCAGGAGGCCCCACGCUCCAAGUCUCACUGGGAUUACCUGCUGGAGGAGAUGCAGUGGAUGGCCACAGACUUCGCCCAGGAGCGCAGGUGGAAGUUGGCUGCUGCUAAGAAGCUUGUUAGAACUGUAGCACGUCGUCAUGAAGAAAAGAAGCUUCGUGAAGAAAGAGGAAAGAAAGAAGAGCAGAACAGGCUGAGACGCAUUGCUGCUUCCACUGCCCGAGAGAUAGAAUACUUUUGGUCAAAUAUUGAGCAGGUUGUAGAAAUAAAACUACAAGUGGAAUUAGAAGAAAAAAGGAAAAAGGCCUUAAAUUUACAGACAGUGUCCAGGAGAGGAAAAGAGUCAAGACUUAAGGGAUUGGAGGCAUUUCCAGAACAUUUCCUGGAUCCAGGGAUAUCUGGAAGAAAAAGAAAAGCUAGCACAUCUUUGACUGAUGACGAAGUGGAAGAUGAAGAGGAGACCAUUGAAGAGGAGGAAGCACAUGAAGGGCUUGUAGACCACCACACAGAACUUUCUAACUUGGCCAAAGAAGCUGAAUUGCCCUUAAUUGAUUUGAUGAAGUUGUACGAAGGCGCCUUUCUACCAAGUUUUCAGUGGCCACAGCCAGAGCCUGACCAUGGAGAGUCAAGUGGAGAAGAAGAUGCAGAAGACUGUCCCAAUGACCGGGAGAGCCGGAAGAGCUCAGUUCUUAUAGACUCACUCUUCAUCAUGGAUCAGUUUAAAGCCACAGAGAGAGUGAACAUCGGGAAGCCCAACACCAAGGACAUCGCAGAAGUCACGGCUGUGGCUGAAGCUGUCCUGCCUAAGGGCAGUGCCCGGGUCACCACUGCGGUGAAGUUUAAUGCUCCGUCUCUAUUGUAUGGCGCCCUCCGUGAUUAUCAGAAGAUUGGCCUGGACUGGCUGGCCAAGCUCUAUAGGAAAAGUCUCAAUGGCAUAUUGGCAGAUGAAGCAGGACUUGGCAAAACAGUGCAGAUCAUUGCUUUUUUUGCCCACCUUGCUUGUAAUGAAGGUAAUUGGGGCCCCCAUCUUGUUGUUGUCAGAAGCUGUAACAUACUCAAAUGGGAACUGGAGUUGAAACGGUGGUGUCCUGGACUCAAAACCCUCUCCUAUGUUGGCAGCCACAGAGAACUCAAAGCAAAGAGACAGGAGUGGGCUGAGCCCAACAGCUUCCACGUCUGCGUCACGUCCUACAAGCAGUUCUUCAGGGGCUACACUGCCUUCUCACGGGUGCGCUGGAAGUGCCUUGUCAUUGAUGAGAUGCAGCGUGUGAAGGGCAUGACCGAGCGGCACUGGGAAGCAGUUUUUACCCUGCAGAGCCAGCAGCGCCUGCUUCUGAUCGAUGCCCCACUACAUAACACCUUUCUGGAGCUCUGGACCAUGGUGCACUUUCUCAUCCCUGGGAUCUCCAGGCCUUACCUGAGCUUUCCCCUAAAGGCCCCCAGUGAGGAAAAUCAGGAUUAUUAUCACAAAGUGGUCAUAAGACUACACAGGGUGACACAGCCUUUCAUUUUGAGAAGAACUAAGAGAGAUGUGGAGAAGCAGCUGACCAGGAAAUAUGAGCAUGUUCUGAAGUGCCGCCUUUCCAGUCGGCAGAAGGCCUUGUAUGAGGAUGUCAUCCUGCAGCCUGGGACACAGGAAGCUCUGAAGAGCGGACACUUUGUCAGCGUCCUGAGUGUCCUGAUGCGGCUGCAGCGCAUCUGCAACCACCCAGGGCUGGUAGAACCCCGGCUGCCUGGCUCCUCCUAUGCAGCCGGCUCUCUGCAGUACCGAUCAGCCUCUCUCAUCCUCAAGGCACUGGAGAGAGAGUUUUGGAAGGAAACGGAUCUUUCCAUAUUUGAUCUCAUUGGCUUAGAAAAUAAAAUCACUCGCCAUGAGGCUGAAUUGCUGUCUAAGAAAAAGGUGACUCGGAAACUCAUGGAGGAGGUCUUUGUCUCACCACCCUCGUCAGCCCGGCCAGCAGCAGUGAAGCUGAAGGCUAGUAGGUUGUUUCAGCCUGUGCAGUAUGGCCAGAAACCUGAGGGCCGCACCGUGGCAUUCCCCAGCACACAUCCACCUCGGACGGCACCCACCAGUGCAGCUGCUGCAGCGCCACAGGGCCAGGUUCGAGGACGACCACCGAUUGCCACGUUCUCUGCCAACCCAGAUUCGAAAGUGGCAGCAGCCCCGUUUCAGACCUCUCAGGCUUCCACCGGUGCACCUCGACACCAGCCCGCCUCGACCUCCAGCACGGCAGCCGGUCCACCCCAUCCUGCGAAACUGCGGGCUCAGACCGCUGCCCAGGCCUCCGCCCCAGGCCCACCCCCGCCCCCGCCCCAGGCCCCCUCGCUGGCUGCAGGGCAGAGCGCGCCGCCUCAGCGGCUGGUGCUCACCUCACAGGCCCAGGCCCGCUUGCCCAGUGGAGAGGUAGUGAAAAUAGCUCAACUGGCGUCCAUCGCAGGGCCUCAGAGCCGCAUUGCCCAGCCAGAGACGCCUGUGACACUGCAGUUCCAAGGGAACAAAUUCACAUUGUCACACAGCCAGCUGAGGCAGCUCACGGCAGGCCAGCCCCUUCAGCUGCAAGGCAGUGUCCUCCAGAUCGUGUCAGCCCCUGGGCAGCCCUACCUGCGAGCCCCUGGCCCCGUGGUGAUGCAGACCGUGUCUCAGGCGGGCGCUGUGCAUGGCGCCCUGGGAAGCAAGCCCCCGGCCGGUGGCCCCAGCCCCGCACCCUUGACCCCGCAAGUUGGUGUUCCGGGUCGAGUGGCAGUGAGCGCCAUGGCUGUAGGAGAACCUGGGGUGGCCUCCAAACCGGCCUCUCCUGCCACAGGGCCCACCCAGGAAGAAAAGACCAGGCUUUUGAAGGAGCGGCUGGAUCAGAUGCAUUUUGUCAAUGAACGACGCUGCUCCCAAGCCCCAGUGUACGGCAGAGACUUGCUGAGCAUUUGCUCCCUUCCUGGUAGAGGAUCUUUUGACAGCAGCCUCAGGAAGGGGCCUGGGCCAGCAGGCUGUUAUAUGUCACCCUCAAAAAGUAAGGGUGAUCUGAUUUUGACACUGAAUCAACGCCAGGAAUCACUCCAGGAUGUUCUUAACAGGGUGGCCUGUGUGAUUCCUCCGGUGGUGGCUGCACCUCCCUCCUUGUGGGUGGCAAGGCCACCCUCACUAUACAGCUGUGGGCUUCGGGCCCUGAGGCAGCACCUGAGGGAACAUGCUGCCCCUUACCUGUGGCAGCUGCGGCAGCUGACUGCAUUGCGCUCACUGCAGUUCCCUGAGCUGAGGCUGGUUCAGUUCGACUCAGGAAAGUUAGAAGCUUUAGCAAUCCUACUUCAGAAGCUGAAAUCUGAAGGUCGUCGGGUGCUGAUUCUAUCACAGAUGGUUCUUAUGUUAGACAUUUUAGAAAUGUUCUUGAACUUCCACUAUCUCACCUAUAUAAGAAUUGAUGAAAACGCCAACAGUGAGCAGCGGCAGGAGCUGAUGAGGAGUUUCAACAGAGAUAGGCGGGUUUUCUGUGCUCUUUUCUCCACCCACAGCCGUGCCACUGGCAUAAACCUAGUCGAGGCUGACACUGUGGUAUUUUACGACAACGACCUAAAUCCAGUGAUGGACGCCAAGGCCCAGGAGUGGUGCGAUCGAAUUGGAAGAUGCAAGGACAUUCACAUAUACAGGCUUGUAAGUGGCAAUUCUAUUGAAGAGAAAUUGCUGAAAAAUGGAACUAAAGAUUUAAUCCGAGAAGUGGCUGCUCAGGGAAAUGACUACUCCAUGGCAUUCUUAACUCAGCGAACUAUCCAGGAGUUGUUUGAGGUUUACUCUCCCAUGGAUGAUGCUGGCUUCCCAGUGAAAGCUGAAGAGUUUGUAGUGCUUUCUCAGGAACCUUCUGUUAGUGAAACCAUUGCACCCAAGAUUGCAAGGCCUUUCAUAGAGGCCCUCAAGAGCAUUGAGUGUCUGGAAGAAGAUGUGCAGAGGUCCACAGAGGAGGUGGUGCCUGGUUCCAGUGCUGGUGUUGUGUCCUCAGACUCUGAUGGCUUGCCGUGUGAUGAGGAGCCCUCACAGAUGGAGGAGCUGGCCGACUUUAUGGAACAGCUUACGCCAAUUGAAAAAUAUGCUUUGAAUUACCUGGAAUUGUUCCAUACAACCAUUGAGCAAGAAAAAGAGAGAAAUGGUGAGGAUGCAGCGAUGGCCUCGGUGAGAGAUUGGGAGUCCCGCAAUGCCCAGAGCUUCCAGGAGAGGGAGGCCCAGCUACAGCGAGAGCAGGAGGAGGCAGAGCUUCUCACCUACACAAGAGAAGAUGCCUACAGCAUGGAAUAUGUCUAUGAAGAUGCGGAUGGACAGACAGAGGUUAUGCCGCUGUGGACGCCACCCACUCCCCCUCAGGAUGACAAUGACAUCUAUAUUGACUCGGUUAUGUGUCUCAUGUAUGAAACUACACCCAUCCCAGAGGCUAAGCUGCCUCCUGUGUAUGUGAGGAAGGAGCGUAAGCGGCACAAGACAGACCCCUCAGCUGCAGGCAGGAAGAAGAAGCAGCGGCAUGGGGAGGCGGUUGUCCCUCCACGGUCCUUGUUUGAUCGGGCAACCCCAGGCAUGCUGAAGAUCAGGAGAGAAGGCAGAGAGCAGAAGAAGAACCUGCUGCUGAAGCAGCAGACACCCUUUGCCAAGCCUCUGCCCACCUAUGUCAAGCCCUCAGGGGAGCCAGCCCAGGACAGCCCCGAGUGGCUCAUUGGUGAGGACUGGGCCCUGCUGCAGGCUGUAAAGCAGCUACUUGAGCUGCCUCUGAACCUCACCAUCGUGUCGCCUGCCCACACACCUAAUUGGGACCUUGUCAGUGAUGUCGUCAACUCCUGCAGCCGAAUCUACCGCUCUUCCAAACAGUGCCGGAACCGUUACGAGAACGUCAUCAUUCCCAGAGAGGAAGGGAAGAGUAAGAACAACCGUCCACUCCGCACAGGUCAGAUCUAUGCCCAAGAUGAGAAUGCCACACACACGCAGCUGUACACCAGCCACUUUGACCUGAUGAAGAUGACUGCCGGCAAGAGGAGCCCCCCAAUCAAGCCUCUGCUUGGUAUGAAUCCCUUUCAGAAGAACCCUAAGCACGCCUCAGUGUUGGCAGAAAGUGGAAUCAACUAUGACAAGCCACUGCCUCCCAUUCAGGUUGCAUCUCUCCGCGCAGAGCGAAUUGCAAAGGAAAAAAAGGCUUUGGCGGAUCAACAAAAGGCUCAGCAGCCGACCGUGACACAGCCGCCCCCCCAGCAGCAGCAGCAGCAGCCACCGCCACCCCCGCAGCAGCCACCGCCACCACUGCCUCAGCCACAGGCGGCUGGCAGCCAGCCGCCUGCAGGGCCACCCACUGUCCAGUCCCAGCCUCAGGCCCAGGCGCAGGCUCAGCCACAGCCUGUGCAGGCCCCACCAAAGGGACAACCCACAAUAACGACCGUGGGCAGCGCUGCAGUGCUGGCAGGAACCAUUAAAACAUCUGUCACUGGGACAAGCAUACCAACAGGCACUGUGAGUGGGAACGUGAUUGUGAACACCAUAGCAGGUGUCCCUGCUGCCACCUUCCAGUCCAUUAACAAGCGUCUUGCUUCGCCCGUGGCUCCUGGACCCUUGACUACAUCAGGAAGCUCUGCUCCCGCCCCAGUGGUCCACACCCAGCAACGCGCAGUUGGCUCCCCUGCCUCUGCAGCCACUGACCUGGUGUCCAUGGCAACGACGCAGGGUGUUCGAGCAGCCACUUCUGUGACAGCCUCAGCCGUGGUCACUACCAACCUGACCCCUGUGCAGACCCCUACCCGGUCUUUAGUGACCCAGGUGUCCCAAGCCACAGGGGUUCAGCUUCCUGGAAAAGCCAUCACUCCUGCCCACUUCCAGCUCCUCAGGCAGCAGCAGCAGCAGCAGCAGCAGCAGCAGCAGCAGCAACAGCAGCAGCAGCAGCAGCAGCAGCAGCAGCAACAGCAGCAGCAGCAGCAGCAACAGACCUCCCAGGUGCAAGUUCCACAGAUGCAGGGCCAGGCCCAGUCCCCUGCACAGAUCAAAGCUGUGGGCAAGCUGGCACCGGAACACAUCAUCAAGAUGCAGAAGCAGAAGAUGCAGCUUCCACCGCAGCCUCCCCCACCACAGGCCCAGCCGGGGCCCCAGCCACCAGCACAGGUGCAAGUGCAGCCUCCACAAGCCCCACAGCAGCAGAGCCCCCAGCUCGCCACCGUCACGGCCCCGAGGCCUGGGGCUUUGCUCACGGGCACCACAGUGGCCAACCUUCAGGUGGCCCGGCUUACCCGGGUUCCCACUUCUCAGCUGCAGGCGCAAGGGCAGAUGCAAACUCAGACACCCCAACCAGCUCAGGUGGCCUUGGCGAAGCCUCCGGUAGUGUCUGUCCCAGCAGCUGUUGUGUCCUCGCCUGGGGUCACGACCCUGCCCAUGAACGUUGCAGGGAUCAGCGUGGCGAUUGGGCAGCCGCAGAAAGCAGCAGGGCAGACCGUCGUGGCCCAGCCUGUGCACGUCCAGCAGCUGCUAAAGCUCAAGCAGCAGGCUGUCCAGCAGCAGAAGGCCAUCCAGCCACAAGUCGCACAGAGUCAGACUGCCGUCCAGCAGAAGCUGACUGCUCAACAGAUUGCUGCUCAGGGCCCCCAGCAGAAGGUAACCUAUGCCACGCAGCCAACCCUUAAGACCCAGUUUCUAACUACGCCCAUCUCCCAGGCUCAAAAACUGGCCGGGACUCAGCAAGUGCAGACCCAGAUCCAGGUUGCAAAACUUCCUCAAGUUGUUCAGCAGCAAACACCUGUGGCCAGCAUCCAGCAGGUUGCCGCUGCCUCUCAGCAGGCUUCUCCACAGACAGUGACACUCACACAGGCAACAGCGGCAGGGCAGCAGGUGCAGAUGAUUCCCACGGUGACAGCCACUGCCCAGGUGGUGCAGCAGAAACUCAUACAGCAGCAGGUGGUGACAACAGCCUCGGCCCCACUCCAGAACCCUGGUGGCCCAAGCCCAGCACAGGUCCCAGCCAGCUCCGACAGCCCAAGCCAGCAGCCCAAGCUGCAGAUGAGAGUCCCUGCUGUGAGGCUGAAGACGCCCACAAAGCCCCCAUGCCAGUAGGUGGGAAGGCGGGCCCACCAGGCAAAGAGGCCUUCCAGACAGGGAGCACCAAGCUGCUUCUGGAUUCUCGUGGAGAGCACCGUGUAAGACAGGCAGCCCUGGGCAGCCGCUGUCGGCUCAGUCCUGUAACAUUCUGUUAAAGUGCACUGAGCUGCAGGAAGAGUGGUCCUUCCUGCACACACCUGUCCACCUGUCUGUGUAUGUGACGAGUUGGGAAAGACGGUGAUGCUUUCCUGAUUGCCUCCUGGGCAGUGGUACUGUUUUGAAAGCAACAUGAUACGUUAACGUGUAGUAUUCGGCAUAUCCCAGAAACCACUGGGCAUGUGCAGUGAGCCCUAAAAUGCUCUGCUGCUAACACGUGGUCUUUGGCACUGUCUGCUGUGAUCUGAGCAGAAGACACAUCGUCAAGGAAGAGGAGCAAAUACAGCAGACCGCCUGAGACUGGUUGCUCGCUCCCAAGACACCACUGUGGCUUUCCCUCCCUCAUUCAGUGCUGUUUGUUUUAUCUUUUAAGGGAAAUACUUAGUACUGACACCUAGCUAAGUAGCUGAUGUGCUCCGGGCUUGCACGUGAGGGCUGUGACCUGUGAUUGGAUCUUCAUUCCAAAGAUCAGCCAGUGUGGCCUCUAGCCCUGCCACAGUGGGUUGGCUUUCAUUUGAAGGAUGUUUUUGGGACUGACACCAUCUCUGCACACCCAUGAAAAGCAUCCAGCUUUGGCCAUAGCUCAUGUUUGGACCUGGCAUGCCAGACAUUUCCAGGGAAGCCUUGUGAGGCUCCAGUGCCACACACAUGCUGUUAGGUUGCAGAUGGCACACUGAGUAUGUGGUAGGUGAGGUGGCUUAUGGAAGCUGGGAGUAAUGUCACAGACCCCUUUGCUACCUCCCUGGCCAGGGCUUGGCCUGGAGCUCUGAGGUCCUCCUCACAAGGCAUUCUGUCCAUGGAUCUGGAGGUGGACCCAGCAGGGCCAGCCACGUAUGCCUCCUGAGCGAUAGUGCGCCUAUGGUUCUGCCAGUCAGCUGCUGUGGCAGGCCUGCAGCUGAGGGGACAAGGCAGGCCAGUGUUCACUCAUGCUCAUUUUUAUUACGACAAGGUAACACCUGCAGCUUUCAUGGGCACAGCGGGCUGAUGGUGGCCCUUCACCUUGCGUAUUCACCACAGCAGAAGGUCUUACCCAUCACUGUUCUGCAGCCAUCUGUGGCCGGGUUACACCACUGGUCCAGGAAGUUGGCCUCUGUUGGCUUGUGCACCCUUGACACGGCACCCUCCUCGCAGUGUGGGUGUGUAGUGUUUUCACUGUAGCUGCUGUUCCCAUCCCGUCGCAUCCGGCCUGUGUGGGCAGGGAUUGACUGAAGCCCAUCUGAGCCCCUGAUGCGAAACUUGGAAAAAGUUGAGGCCAAAAGCAGAAGGGAUUUCACAUCUGUUACUUGAAUGCCUCAACCCAAUCUGUGGCUUUCUCAUAAACAGCCCAUUGUCCUGGCUGGAGUGUGCUGUGCUGGGGAGCAUGGCCUCACAGGGCUGUCAUGUGACCUCGGGUCUGGUUCCCAGCUGCUUGCUCCCUGCCCUUGUCUUCAGAUGUGCAGAACUUGUCAGCACCAUGCACUUCAUUCUUUGUCCUUCUGCCAUGUUGGUCGAAGGCUGCAUCACUAACUUAAGCAGGUCCUAGGGGAACUGCCCAUGUUCCCACUGAGAGCUCUUGGAAUCUGAAACUCUAGGGCAUGGUACCUUCUCUCAGAGCAGAUCUGUUACUCUGAACAUCUGCCAUGUGGUCUCUUGCUCAUCCUCCUACCUGAGCACCUCCCAUCUUUGGAGUGAGUUUAUGCAAUGAGUCCUGCGUAACGUGGACAGAGGUGUUUUUACUGUCACUUGAUUUGGUGACAUCCCUGCUGCUCCCACCAGCCUGGGUGAACCUGCUUCUUCCAGCGCUCCUUUCCUGCCUUCCCUUGCAAAGGUCAGAACUGCUAACUGAGAAGAAACUUUGAGUCCGGGAGGGGUCAUCUUGGCCUCCUUGCCAGUCAGGGUCAUACCAAUACAGAGGGCAUGAGUCAAUGAAAUUAUUAGAACAAUAUAAAACAGCAGCCAAGCUACCAGACUACCUGGGCCUCAUGGUGAACAGGACCCAGCCAUUCUGUAAGCAGGAGGCCUUUGUUCUAAGGAGAAGUAGUCCAGGCCAUUUUAAAGUUCCCCAGUGGUGACGCAAGCGGCUGGUGAUGCCUGACGGACGGGAGCAUCCUUUUUGCAGUUGUUACUGUUUUUGUUCACUUUAAAACCGGAUAGCUGUUGUGUUUCAAAAGACUGAAAUUGUAAAUACUUUGUAAACAAGCAUUUGUACUUGCAGAGUAGGAUUUUAAAAGGCUCCGAAGUCCUACCAAACAAAAGGCCAAAUAAAGUGGUCUCUUUAUAUACUCUUGGUUCUGUCUUUGAUAGAACACUAGUUAAGCCAAAAUAAGAUGCUGAGUGUGUUCACUUGCAAAUGAGCAACAGGGUUUGGGGAGGGUGGGCACCAGAGGAGGAUCUAAAAGGAGUGGGCCAUGCCCGAGCUCCUCUUCUGCAGGCACUGUGCGUGUGUGUUGCAGGGCCUCAUGGAGCCAACUGCGGCUGCACACUGAGGUGGUCCUCGCUCUCAGCACUGGCCACUGCCAUUGCUCCUUUCUCUUCUCCUUUGCUAAAAAACAGAUUUCUAAUUGCACAACAUUCCUUAAGGGCUGAUAGAGCAGCUCAAGUGGUGGAGCGCCUGCCCAGCAAGCAUGAGGCCUGGAGUUCAAACCCCAGUACUGCAAAACAAAAGAAAAAUUCCUAUUUUAGAUAUAAAUGGCAUCAUUCUUAUCAAUCAGUCAAGGUGAAGGUGACGUGCCCCCAGAAGCCCACGGUUGGUUCUGGUGUCUCCUUUUCCCACCACAGAAUUGGGAGUGCCCAGGGUGUGAGCCUUGAAGAUCUGGCUUCCAUUUUUCAUUCUACACGGGAAGGACCACAGGCCCAGGGUGUGCUGGGUACCUGCAAGUGAUAGUGUGGCCAUAGGACGUGGGCCAGUAAUGGGGCUUUUGCCAAGCUGCCAGAUGCUGGUACUGGGAGGACCCACCUGUGAACACCUGUCAAGCCCUCUGCAGCUGGUGACUGCACUUGGGGAUCCUUUCCCUAAUUGUGACUCUGUAUAAAGGUUCCCUGCCAUGGUCCUGACUACGCCAAGUCUCUGCUCUUUUGGCCUGGAGGCUGCAUCUGUGUACAGCUGGGGUGGAGGACUGCACAGGGGGAAAUGUCAGACCCUAGAGUAGCUCCUCUGAGCCCAGCAGUUGUGAGCCUCCUGCUCAGAGGUCAUCACAUGACAGCUAUGGCUAGGGCCCUCAAACAAACACACCACCUUUACCAUAGACCUACCAUGGUGAGGCAGGCUAGGAGGAGGAAAAGUUUGGGGCUCGUGGGUUGCCUGGGGAUGGCCAGG